AUGACCGAAGUCCUCUUCUCGGCUGCUCUGAAUGGAACUGAACCCAACCUGCUACCCGGCAGCGGCUGGUCUGCGGGGAACGCCACCACCAAGUGUUCCCUCACCAAAACCGGCUUCCAGUUCUAUUACCUGCCCACUGUCUACAUUCUGGUCUUCAUCACCGGGUUUUUGGGGAACAGCGUGGCCAUCUGGAUGUUUGUCUUCCACAUGAGGCCUUGGAGCGGCAUCUCCGUUUACAUGUUCAACUUGGCGCUGGCCGAUUUCUUGUACGUCUUGACUCUGCCUGCCCUCAUCUUUUACUACUUCAAUAAAACAGACUGGAUCUUCGGAGAUAUCAUGUGCAAGCUGCAGAGGUUCAUCUUCCACGUGAACCUGUACGGCAGUAUUUUGUUUCUGACGUGCAUCAGCGUGCACAGGUACACGGGAGUGGUGCACCCCUUGAAGUCGCUGGGGAGGCUGAAGAAGAAGAACGCCGUGUACAUCAGCACCCUGGUCUGGGUCGUUGUGGUGGCCGUGAUUUCUCCGAUACUCUUCUACUCGGGAACGGGGAUAAGGAAAAACAAAACCACGACAUGCUACGACACGACAGCCGACGAUUACCUGAGAAGUUACUUCAUUUACAGCAUGUGCACCACCGUGCUGAUGUUCUGCAUCCCGUUCAUCCUGAUUCUUGGUUGCUAUGGGCUCAUUGUGAAAGCUUUGAUUUACAAAGAUUUGGACAAUUCUCCUCUCAGGAGAAAGUCGAUUUACCUGGUUAUUAUCGUGUUGACAGUCUUUGCUGUGUCUUACCUUCCCUUCCACGUGAUGAAGACCUUAAAUCUCAGAGCCAGGGUGGAUUUUCAGACUCCCCAAAUGUGUGCCUUCAACGAUAAGGUUUAUGCCACUUACCAAGUGACGAGGGGUCUGGCCAGCCUCAACAGCUGCGUCGACCCUAUCCUUUACUUUCUGGCAGGGGAUACCUUUCGAAGGCGGCUUUCCAGGGCAACCAGGAAAUCGUCCAGAAGAAGUGAACACAACGUGCAGUCCAAAAGCGAGGAAAUGACUCUCAAUAUUUUAGCUGAGUAUAAACAGAACGGAGAUACGAGUUUGUGAACGGAUGCGCAAAGACUUGGGAACAGUUGGAAACAAUCCUGUGCUCUGAGAAAGUAGGACACUGUAGUGCCACAAGUGUGUGAGGAAAACCUACCAGUCUCGAAUUUGUUUUAGGUAAAAGCCUCGUUUUCUGGUCUUAGAAAAAGCUGAACAAAGUCAGCGGAAGAAUUUUAAUGGGAAAUAUGUCAAAAUUCAGCUUUCCUUCUCCUUACGAUAUUCUCGUUUCUGACUUGUGUCAGAUAAAGUAACGUGAAGUGAAUUCCCU